CUGCGCUCCCUAGGUCAUAGAUGGACCCAUGGUGGCUCCCGGAGGCCUAAGUCCAACACGAAACGCCAUCAUGUGCGUUGAUAAAAAUCGGUUGGAGAAUCAGCGCAACUCUAAUAAAAGUGCAAAGAUGCCAGCUCCACAUCACAUUCUCUUACAGCUGCUGAUACGCACAACCGAUCUUCGCCAUACAUUUCAUUCGCCAGGAUUCAGGCAAUCGCAGGCAGCUGACUCCAGUCGACCAACCACGCCGAUUCCCGCGCCUAAAAGCUAUGCUCCUGAAAGAGUGUCUUGCCCUGCACACCUGUCCGUGUCAACUUCCUCCGCCUACCCAUGGCCCGCAAGUUCAGCUGAGCAAGCAUAUGUCUCAUCCAAGACUGCCAAAUCGCUCAAACCAUGGGAAGAUUAUCUGUCAAGGGUCAAUCUGAAAGGCUUCGACGUCAAAGAGUUCUUGAAAAGCUCGACCCACAAUGGCUUAGUUGCUGGUCGAAAUCUCCCAAAUAUCGCGUUCAGUCUCACCGGAGGUGGCAAUCGAGCACUCCUUUAUUCCGCCUCGAUCUUGGAUGCCUUUGACUCCAGGAAUCCUGACGCCAACAAAGCCCGCACAGGUGGUGUACUCCAACUGGCCAAUUUCGCCUCAGGAUUAUCUUCCUCUUCCUGGUUUCUGGCCAGUUGGGGGAAUGCCAACUUCGUCAGAUUCCCUGAACUCGCAGAUCAUGUGUGGCAGUCAGAAUUCUCACAUGAUUACUUCAGUUGGAAUCAAUUGAAGCAUUACAUCCGUCACUAUCGUGAUGCCAGACAAAAGAAAAAGGCCGGUUUUCAUUAUCUGGGGACGGGUACUUUCAAGGAAUCUCUUGUGGAAAUGACCCAAAUAUCGGGAAGAACUUUGACACUAUCAUCAAUGCGAUAUAAAUCUGAAUACGUCCAACAAUCGUUUCCAUUUCCAAUCAUUGUGGCAACGUCUCGCAAGCAAGAAGCGGCUGAUAUGAGGGGGGACAGUCCGAUAUACGAAUUCACGCCGGAAGAUGUUAAUGUAUGGCAUCCCACCCUGAAUGCCACUUUUCCAAUCGAGUAUCUUGGUUCAAAAACCGGCGCGGCUACCAAUAAAGUAACAGAAUGUGUCACCGGAUUCGACAACAUUGGGUUAGUAAGACUUCCCUCUCAGAAUACUAUUCCAAGAUUGACGCUAACAUACAGAGUGGAACUUGAUCAGGGAGCUUCCAGUAACAUUUUUAGCUAUCUGGAUGGGAAAGUAAAAAAGAAAUCAUUUUUGAGUCGAGUAAUGAAGAUGUUUGUGAAAGGGAGAUUUUACGAGGCUUUAGUUCCCAACCCGUUCAUGGGCCAAGGCAAGGGGCCUACUCCAGGACAUGGCUUUCCGGAUGGAGAGAACGAAGAACUCCUCUUGGCUGAUGGGGCGCUGGCCCAAGAAUCGAUGCCUUUGUUCCCGUUCCUGCAACCUUCAAGAAUGGUGGAUGUUAUCAUGGCUGUGGACUCAGCAGUCAAUGGCAAAUCGUUUGACAAUCCGAAUGAGAAAGGCUAUCCCAACGGUACAUCAUUGUAUCGAACUAGUAUGAAGCUAAAACAGAAUGGCUACGGCGGCUAUAAAUUUCCAGAUGUUCCAGAAACCUACCAACAUACAACAUUCACUGACCGGGGCUACAACAGACGACCGACCUUCUUUGGAUGUGACAAAGACGUGCCGCUGGUAGUUUAUCUCCCCAAUCACUUUGUUACAAAGGAGACCGACCAAUCCACCAUGCAGGCCGUUUACAAAAAAGAAGAGAUCAAAGGGUCCUUCGAAAACGGAUUCUACAUCGCCACUCAAACCCACCCAUCGCAAAAUGGAACUGAAUGGCCUGCGUGUUUGGCAUGCGCACUCAUCGAUCGACAGAAUACCAGAAACGGAACCCCAAGAACACCGCAAUGUACAUCUUGUUUCUCCAGUUAUUGCGCUAGUGGCUUUUAAGACAAAAUC